UGAAGAUCUCUUUAAUCUUCUGCCCAAGUUCCCAGGACUUCCUGAUUUUCAGCAUUUAUCCCUCUGGAGCACAGAAGGAUGAUCACAAGUGAUCAGAUUACCCCAGGCUGAGGCUUUUCUGUGCCUCUGCUUGUGGCAGCUCUGCUGAGGCUGCAGCAGAGAGCUCCAGGCACAGGGUUUCUCCUCAGAUGGAAUCUCAGUUUGCCCAACUCCCUCACCUGGAAGCUGAGAGCAGAUGGGCCAUGCCUGGAAGUCUGAGCUGCAAUCUCCAGUCAAGUCAGAGAACAGCGAUUUCCAGUCUCCCCCUGACUGGGAUUCAAGCUUGGAUGUGGAUGUGAUGAGCUGGAGAAAUACUGAGGAGGAGGCCGUGGGGAGGCUGGAGGGGAGCAGCCAAGAGGCAGACCGUGAGAUGGAGCUGAGAGAGCCUCUCUGGAAGGAUGAUAGUGAAGAUUGCCACGAGGCAGAGAAGCCGUGUGAAAAUGACAGUCUUCCCCAGUUCCUCUUGGAGGUAACCCAGAUGUUGGAAUCUUUCUGCAUUGGCAGCACAGAGUCAUCGCAGACUCCGUGGGAUUAUUGUGGCUCAGGGAAGCAGAGUGAUGGGGAGGAAGUGAGGUGCCAGGAGAAGACCACAGGAACAGCAGUCUCAGGAGCAGAGGAAAGUCAACUGCACAUCCUGGCAGAAGAUGAGGAAGAAAACUUCCUGGGAAGAGAGGGAGACACUCAAGACACACCUGGAGAACCCCUUUUGGAUGAGCUGCACUCACCAGAGAUGAGUGCUCAGGCCCUGGAUCAAGAUGACAGUGACAGCACCUCUGCAGCCUCAGUGCUGGACUCCACAGGCUCUCCCAACAUGCACCUGCUGCAGCCAAGCUGGAAUAACCCCCUCCAGCACCUGAUCCUCAGAAAAAAGCUCCUGUCCAUCUGGAGGAUGAUAGCCAGCCACAGGUUCAGCAGCCCAUUCCUGAAGCCAGUGUCAGAGAAACAAGCCCCUGGAUACAGGGAUGUGGUGAAGAGACCCAUGGAUUUAAGCAGCAUAAAGAGGAGGCUGUCAAAGGGACACAUUCAGUCCGUCAUGCAGUUCCAGUGUGACCUGAUGCUCAUGUUCCAGAACGCCGUGAUGUACAACAGCUCCGACCACCACGUGUUCCACGUGGCUGUGGAGAUGCAGCGAGAGGUCUUGGAGCAGCUGCAGGUCUUGGCUGAAGCCCUCCUGUUGUCCAGGGACAGGCUGGAGUGA